AUGCUGAAUUAUUUAACUGAGGUACAAGGAGGAGUCCCUGAACCAGAGAAACCCCAAAUCCACUUAUCUAUGCCCAUUCAUCAAAGCACUGAGCAGGAUAUCAACAAUGAAUCCCCAGACCUUCCAGCAUUUCAGCUCCACGUGAACGUUGGAGUGGAAUCUGGAUUAAACAGAACAGAAACAAAAAGUUCACAGACUCUAAUCCCAGGUAAGCAGUCACAACCUGGGGAUGGCCCCCAAAUCCUUGGAUCCAGGCCCUUAAUGACAUCAAUGGGCACUCCACCUCCCAAAAGUUUAGGAGUUGACAUAGCUCAAGAGGAAAUGACUUUACUGCAGAAGGACCCAAAACGUGUGUUAGAGCUUAGUGUAGAGCAGAGGGUCAUAGAUCUUCCAGAAAAAAGGAUACAGCAGCAUAAGACCCAAGUGACUAAUGUGGAGCUGACCCCACAGCUACCAUAUCAAGUCAGAGAUAGCAUAAAGGUUACUCCACUGGCAUUACUUCAAGUCAUGGAUUUAAUGGGGUUAAUCCCAGAAUCACAUUCAGAAGGGAUAGAAUCUGUAGGUUUGUUACCACGGCCACCAAAUGAAGUCGUGAAACCAAUGGAAGCCAGGGAAACAGUGAGUGUAAGCCAAAACCCAUCAUAUCAAGUCAUUAAAUCAGUGGAGGUAACCCCAAGAUCUCAGCAGCAAGUUAUGGAAUCAAGGAAGAUGACCUCAAGACAGCGGAAUCAAGUCAUAGGCAAUGUGAAGGUAACUCCUACAGCAUUGCUUCAAGUCAUGGAUUCUAUGGGGUUGAUUAAAAAAUCACAUCCACCUAUCAUACAGUCAAAGGCAAUGACCCCAAGGAUGCAAUAUCAAGUCAAGGAGUCAGUGAAAAGGACCACAUUGUUGGACCAUCAAGUCAUACAACCAGGAAAGAUGAGUCCAAGGCUGCAACAUGCAGUCAUGGAAACUGUGGAAAUGACCCCAGGGCCACAGCAUAAAGUUAUGGAAUUGGUGGACGUAACAUCAAGGCCACAAAGUCAAGUCACAGAACCACUGAAGAUUACUCCAGGGCCAAUAUGUCAAAAUACAAAAUCACCUGAAAUGAUCACCAGGCCAUUGCAUCCAGUGAUGGAUUACCUGGAAGUAACUCCAGUGACACUAUUACAAGCUAUGGAUUUCAUGGGGAUAAUUCCACCAACCCAGUCACAUGUUAUAAAAUCUGGGGGUUUGACUCCAGACACACAGUCUCAAAUUGCAAAUUUGACCCCCAGGGCAACUCAAUCAGAUGGUUUGACUUCUUCUAGCUCUCCUACUACUAUUGGUCCACGUGGAGUGGUAGAAUCUGUGGGCUUACCUCCAAAGCUACCACCUAAAAUCAUGGAAUUGGUAGGAUUGAUUCCAAUGCCAUCACAACAAUCCAUACAUUCUCUAAAGGUAACUCUAACAGCACUGGGGUCACCCAAGGGAAUGAUCACAGCACCACAGUCACAAGUUGUAGAAACUCAGGAUUUGACCCCAAGGCUAAUAUCUCAAGCCAAGGAAUCUCUGGAGUCAACUCCUGAGUCAUGCAUUCAAGUGCUAGACUCUGAGGGGAUGACUCCACAACCACAUCAUCAAAGCACAGAAUCUAUGUCAUUAACCCCAGGACCACCUCAUCAAGUCACGGAGUCUUCAAGGUUGACCCCAAGGCAUGAAAUUCUGGAGUAUUCAGAGAUGAGUCCAAGGCAAAGCCAUCACGUCACAGAAACUAUGGGUUUGACAUCUGACAUCUGGCUACAAAUGGAGAAAUCUGUAGAGGUGACACAGUCACACCAUCAAAUGAUGGAAUCUUUAGGGACAAUCCCAAAGUCACUGGGUCAAGGUACAGAAUCUAUGGGAAUGAGCCAAAAGCCACUGCCUCAAGUCACAGAAUCUACAGAAAUGCUACAAGAAAUGCUACAAGAUUCAUCACUGCUUCAAGAUGUGAAGUAUAUGGGGAUGAAGCCAAUGCCACAAUUUAAUGUUAUGGAUUCUAUGAAGUUAUCCCCAGGAUUGCAAAAUUUGAAAUCUGGGAAACUGAUCUUGGGACCAGAGUUGCAAAAUACAAAAUCUAUAGACAUAAUCACAGGUUCAAUUCCACAAAUGGUAAAAUAUGGACAGCUGAUCCCAACUGUGAACUCUAUAGAAUUGGCCCCAGAACUACAACGGCAGAGUAUAAAACCUGAUGAGUUGGCCUCCAUACCACAGCUGCAAAGUGAGAAAUCUGUGCAGUCAGCCCCAGGGUCUCAGCUUCAUGGUGUGAAAUCUAUCCAAUUGACCCUGGGACCACAACAACAAAAUGAAAAAUCUGCUGAGUUAGUCCCAGCACCACAGUUGCAAAGUAGGGAAUCUAUAGAUUUGGCCCCCAGUUCACAGUUUCAAGGUAUGGAAUAUGUUCAUUUGGCCCUACCAUCACAGUUUCCAGGUAUAAAUACUGUGGAGUUGACUCUAAGACCAGUACAAGAAUAUAUGAAAUCUGUGGAGUUUGCCCCAAAGCCAUGGUUACAAGAUAUAAGAUCUGAGGAGACAGCUCCAGUAUCAUUGCUUGAAGAUGUGAAAACUCCUCAAAUGGUAGGAAGUAGGAGGUUGAUUCCUGAGACACAGGUAGAAGAUAUGAAAUAUGAGGAACUGAUCCCAGGGGCACACAUUCAAGCAGUAAAAUCUGUAGAGUUGAACCUCAAACCGAAUCAUCAAGUCACAGAACCUGAAGGAUUGACCCCAUGGCAUCAAGCUUCAGAAUCUUUAAGGAUGAUCUCAGAGCCAGGAUAUCCAGAAAUAGAAGCAAAGUUUACCUCUGACACUUGUCACCAUGCAAAAGAAUCUAGGGGGUUGAUACAAUCAUCUUUAGGAAAUACCCCAGGGCCACUGAGCCAAGCUUCAGAAUUUAUGCAGAUGAACUCAAUGUCAUUCCAAGGUACUCUUGAGCCAAUGUUCCAAAGUGUAAAAGCCAUGGGAGAUACUCCAGUGUCACAGCACACAAUACAAGAAUCUUUAGAGUUGGUACCAGGAUCAGAGAUGCAAGGUAUGAAAUCAAAGAUGUUGACCCCAGAGUCCCAAGGUAUGAAGUUUGUUCAUCUGAAUCUAGGACCAUAUUCAGAAGUUAUGAACUAUGAGGAGUUGAUCUUGGAACCACAAUUUCAAAACGUGAAAUCUGUUCCAUUGACCUCAGAACCACAGUCCAAAAGUAUAAAACCUGAGGAGUUGACUCUAGAGCCAUUAAUGCAUGAUAAUAAUUUUGUGGAUUUACACGUGCCACUGGAAGAAUCUAGUAGGUUAAUUUCUGAGACACAGUUACAGCAUGUUGAAUCAAGGAAAGUUACCAUGGAACCACAUUUGAAAUCUGUGGGUCUAACUUCCAGACCAAGGCAUCAAGACACAGGGCCUGCAGAGUUAGCUGCUGAGAUCUGCCCACAAGAGGAAGAAUCUGCGAAAGUGAUCCCACAGCUAGUCUUGAAAACUGCUGGGGUGAUGCCUAGGCCACAUUUUCAAAAAUUUUCAGAGAUGACUCUAGGUCAAGGCUAUCAAGAUACAGAAACUGUGAGGCUGACUUCUGAGGCUUUGCCCCAAGUAGCACUAACACAAAAACCAAUAGGUCAAGUUAGAGAAUCUACAGGAAUGACUCCUCUAAGGCCACAUCUUCAAGUUACAGAGUCAUCAGGGAUACCCCUAAGGUCAGAAUAUGAAAACACAGAAACUGUGGGGUUGGCAACAUUUCCAGUUGAAAACAUCCAGGAGGUAAUACCAGUACUACCAUAUUCAGAAAAAGGAUCUCUGGAGUUGACUUUAGGACCAGGGAUGCAAUGUGAGAUAUCAGAGCCACUACUGCAAAAUUUGAAAUAUGUGAAGUUAACCUCUGAGUCAUCCCCAUUAGCAGUAGGAUCUAAACAGUUUAUUACAGGACCAAAACCACAUGUUAUGGAGUUGACCCCAGAGCCACAGCUCCAGGCAGUAAAGUCUAGGCAGUUGGAGCCAGAGCCAAAAUUACAAGAUGUGAAAUAUGUUAAUUUAAUUCAACAGUCAACUACUACCAGAGUGGUAGAAUCAGAGAAGCCAACACAAGAGCCAGUGCUACAAAGCAUGAUAUCAGAGGAAUUGACUAAGGAGGCACAGCUCCAAGGGCCACAGCUGCAUAGUGUAAGAUUUUCAGAGUUAUCUCCAGAGCUGCCACUUCAAGGAGAAAGACCUAUAGAUUUAAUCUCAGGGUCUCCACAUCAUGGUGUGAAAUCUGAUGAAUUGACCCCAGGUUCCCCAGUGCAAGAAAUAAAAUUGUCAGAUUUUAUCCCAGGACCAAAACAUCAAAGUGUUGUAUCUGUACAGUUGACUGCAGAAUCACAACCUCAAAGUGUGAAAUUUAUGGAACUAAACUCAGGACCAUGCUUGCAAUGUAUCAGAUUUUCUGAUUUGACCCCAGAACCAAAGCAUCAAGGUUUCAAACAUGUGCAGUUUAUACCAGGAACACAGUUUCAAGAUAUAAAGUCUGUAGGAUUUGUAACAGAGUCAUCUUUGCAGUCAAGUCAAGGGCUCCCAGCUGAAAACAGGAAAUCUGUUCUGUCUAUUGAAGGAUCACAGUUUCACAGCUUGAAAUCUGUCAAACUGACCUCAAAACUACAAUUUCAAGAUGUGAAAUCUGAGGAACUGAACCUAGGGCCAAGGCAGCAAGAUGUCAAAUUUUCUGAAUUGACUUCAGGGCCAAAGAUUCAAGGUGUCAAAUCUGGGAAGCAAACCCCAGGACCACUGUUUCAUAGUGUGACUUCUGUGGAGACGACUCUAGAGUUAGGGCUUCAAGAUUCUAAAUCAGCAAAGAUGUCUCCAGGGCUUCAAGGUGUGAAACAGGUGGAGCCACGGCUACAAGAUGUCAGAUUUUGUGAUCUGACAUCAGGAACUCAAACUCAAGGUGUGAAAUCUUCAGAGUUAAACUCAGGGCAACAACAACAAUAUGUGAAUUUUUUUGAGUUCACUCCAGAGCCAAAGAUGCAAGGAGUAAAAUCUAUGAAGUUGACCCCAGGACCUGAGCAGCAAGAGGUUAAGCCUGAGAUGUUAGUACCAGAGCCACUGUUUCAAGGUGUAAAAUGUGUGGCAGUAGACCAAAUGUCAAGCUUUGAAGGUGACACUUCAUAUAAAUUAGUCUCAGAGCCACAGAUACCAGAUGCAAAAUCUAUGGAGUUGACUCCUAGACCACAGUUGCCAAGUGUAAACUAUUCUGAGUUGACCAGAAGACCAUGGUUACAAGUUGUGAAAUCUUCUGAAUUGAUCCAAAGACCACAGUGGCAAGAUGUAAAACCUGUAGAGUGGACCCCAAUCUCAAAGCUUCAAGGUUUACAGUCUGAGGUGCUAACGCCGGAGCCACAGCUGGAAGAUACGAAAUCUGUGCAGUUAAUACCAGGGCCACAUUUGGGGAGUAUGAAAUCUAUGCAGUUAACAUCAAAGCCACAACUGGGAAAUGUCAAAUCUACAGUGUUAACCCUUGGGCCACAGGUGCGAGAUGUGAAACCGGUAGAGAUGACCCCAGGCUCAAAACUUCAUGAUUUGAAAUCUGAGUUGUUGAUCUCAGAGUCAGAGUUGAAAGAUGUGAACUCUGUGGCCUUAACUCCAGGACAAUGUCCAAGAGGUAUGAAAUCUACGUUGCUAACCCCAAGUCCACAGCUGGAAGUUAAGAAAUCUGUGGAGAUAACCUCAGGGCCACAGAAAGAAGAUGUCACAUCUGUGAAACUCACCUCAGAUUCCAAGCUUCAAGGUGUGGAAUCUGAUGAGCUGGCUCUGUGUUCAAGAAAUCAAGGAUUAAAAACUGUGACGUUGGUCCUAAGAAUACAACUGCAAGAUGUGAAAGCUGUGGAACUGAAACUUGGGCAAAGGAUGCAAGAUGAGAAUUCUGUGUUUUCUGCACCAGGGUCAUUGCUCCAAGGGCCUCAACUGCAAGGUAUGAAACCUCAGGAAUUGACUAACGAGCCACAAAUGCAAGAUGUGAAAAUUUUGGAGAUAACCCCACGUUCAAAUCUUCAAAGUUUAAAACCUGUAGAGAAGACUCCAGAUCCAGAGCUGCAAUUUGUAAAAUCUGUGAAGUUGACCCCAAGGCUAAAGAAGCAGGCAGUAAAAUCUGCGGAUGCAACCAGAAGACAAAAGUUUCAAGGAGUAAAAUUUGUGGAUUUAGCCCCAAGGCAACAGUUUCAAGAGAUGGCACUUGUGAAUUUAACUCCUGGGCCAAAACAGGUUGGUGAGAUAUCUGUUAUCUCACCAGAGCAGCAAUGUGUGAAUUCAGAGCCACUGAAGGGAGGGUCUAAGUCAGAACAUGGGAUGUCUUGGGAAUUACCUCCAGAGCUAAAAUUUAAAGAGAGAAAAUUAGUAUAUCCCAACUUUGAGUUAGAGUUGAAAGGUAGGAAAUCAUUUGAAUUGACUCCAGAAUCAAAUAUUCAAGGUGUAAAAUCUAGAGAGUUCAAACUUGAACCACAGUUGCAAAGUAUCAAGUCUCCCAAGUUGACCCCAGGACCACAGCUGCAACAAAUGAAAUCCUCAAAGUCAACUUCAGAGCCACAGCUUGAAGGUGUGAAAACUGUGGAGUUAAAACAAGAGCCACGGCCUGAAAGUAUGAGAUGUAUUCAGUGGAUACCAGGACCUGCGUUCCAAGGUGUGAAAUCUGUAGGGUUAAAUCUUGAGUCACAAUCUCAAGGUGUCAAAUCUGUAAAGUUGAAAUCUUCAAUACAGUUAAGAGAUGUGAAGUCAUCUAAAUUGCCUCUGGGGCCAAAAAUUCAAGGUGCAACAUAUAUGAAGUUCAAACUUGGGCCACAGUUGCAGAGUGUGAACACUCCUGAGUUAUCCCCAGGACCACAGCUGCAAGAAGGAAAAUUUUUGCCCUCAACCUCAGAGCCACAGCUUCAAGGUAGGAAAACUGUGAAGUUACACCAAAAGCCACAGCUUGAAAGUAUGAGAAUUGUUGAGUGGAUGCCUGCACUAGUGUUUCAAGGUGUGAAAUCUCUGCUAAAUCUUGGGUUGCAAUCUCAAUGUGUCAAACCAGCAGAGUUGAAACCUUUGAUACAAUUAAGAGGUAUGAAGUCAUCUGUAUUGACUCCAAGGCCAAAGCUCCAAGGUGUACAAUCUCUGGCAUCACUCCAAGAACCUCAGCCUCAAGGUCUCAAUUUGAAACCUUGUCUACAGUUUAGAAGUAAGAAAUCAUGUGACCUGACUUCCAAGUCAAAGCUCUGUGAUAUAAAACCCAUGAUGCUCAAAUCUAGGCCUCACUUGCAUGAUGGAAAAUCUCCUAAGUUGAUCCCAGGACCAUGGUUUCAAGAAGUGAAACCAUUACUGUCAUCCCCAGGAACACAGCUUCAAGGUGUGAAGUCUGUAUUGCUUACACAAGAGCCACAGUUUCCUGAGGUGAAGUCUGGGGUAUUAAGCCAAGAGUCACAAUUACAAAGUGAUGAAACUAUAGAGUUGAACUCCCCACUACACUUGAAAAGUAUGAAGUCAUCUGAGUUGACUCUUCAGACAGAGCUACAAGGUGUGAAAUCUGAGGAUUUCAACAGUGGGUCACAGGGGCAAGGCCUAAAAUCUUCUAAGUCACCACUUGAGACAAAGUCCCAAGAUAAGAAAUUUACUGCGUUAAUCUCUGACUCACAGUUGCAAGGUACAACAUUUUCUAAAUUGACUGUGGGGAAAAAGAUUCAAGGUGUCAAAUCUACAGAUUUCAACCCUGGGUCAUUGUUACAAGGUGUGAAAUCUUCUGGAUGGACCUCAAAGAUAAAGCUUCAAGAUGUAAAACAUAAAGAAUUCAGCCCCAGUCCUCAGUUGCAAGUUCUGAAAUCUUCUGAGCUGAUUCUGGGACCAAAGCUUCAGAAUAUGAAAUUCGUGUUCAACUGUGAGCCACAACUGCAAAGAGUGAAAUCUUCUAAAUUAAUCUCAGACUCAAAGUUUCAAGAUGUGGAAUCUGUGAAGUCCAAAUCUGGGCCACCAUUGCAAGGUGUGAAAUCUUCUGAGUUGAUACUGGAGACAAAGCUUCAAAAAGUGAAAUCAGUGGAAUUCAAGUCGGGUCCACAGUUGGAAGAUAUGAAAUCUUCCAAAUUUAUCACAGGUAUAAAGCUUCAAGAUGUAAAAUCUAUGAAUUUCAGGUCUGGACCAAACUUGCAGGGUAUGAAAUCGUCUGGAGUUAUCCCAAGGGAAAAGCUUCAAGGUGUGAAGUCUGUAGAAAUGAAACCUAGUCCAAAGGUACAAGUUGAGAAAUCUUCUGAUUUGACUCUGGGGAGGAAGUUUCCAGGUGUGAAAUCUGUAGAGUUGGACUUAGGUCCACACUUACAAGAUAUGAAAUGUUCUGAGCUGAUCAUGGGUAUAAAGCUUCCAGAUGUAAAAUCUAAGCAGUUAAGUUCUAGACCACACUUUCAAGGUAUGAAAUCUUCUGAAGUGAUCCCAGGGACAAAGCUUCAGAAAGCGAAAUCAGUGUUCAACUCUGGACCACAGACACAACGCAAAAAAUUUUCUGAGUUGAUUCAAGGGACAAAGCUUCAAGAUGUAAAAUCCUUAGAGUUUAACUGUGGACUGAAGUUACAAGGUGGGAAAUCUGAUUUAACCCAGAGGAGGAAGCUUCAAGGUGUGAAAUCAGUGGAGUUCAACCCUGGACCACAGAGACAGGGUGAGAAAUCUGAUUUGAUGCUAGAGUGGAGGCUUCAAGAUUUUAAAUCUGUUGUUCCGUGGUUGCAAGGUGUGACAUCUUCAGAGUUAACACCAGAGACAAAGCUUCAAAGUGGAGAAUCUGUGGAGUUCAUCACCAGGCCAGCGUGGAAAGAUAUGAAACCUUUUGAAUUGACUCUUGGUACAAAGGUACAAGAUGUGAAAUCUUUGGGGUUUAACUCAGCUCCACAGUUACAAGACAGGAAAUUGUCUAUGUUGACACCAGAGGCACACCUUCAAGGUGUGAAAUCUAUGGAAUUCAACCCUGAGGCAAAAUUGCAAGGUGCAAAAUCUUCUGAACAUAUAAAGCUUCAACUAAUGAACUCUACAGAGGUCAACCCUGGUCUAGAUUUCAAGGUUGCAAAACCCUCUGAGUUGGCCUUGGAAUCAAAGAUUCAUAGUGGAAUAUUGUCUGAGAUCAGUGGUAGAAAGCAGUGGCAAGAUGAGAAAUCUUAUAAGUUGAAUCCAUGGCCAGAACUUCAAAGUGUAAAAGUCAUGGUGUUCAAUCCUGGGACACAUUCGCAACAUAUAAAAUCUUCAGAAUUAUGCAAAGGGACAAAGCUUCAAGAUGUGAAAUCUUUGGAAUUCAAUCCUGACCAACAGUUGCAAGAUGUGAAAUCUUCUGAUUUUUGUCUGGGAACAAGGCUUCACGGUAUUCAAUAUUUCGAGUUCAAUCCUCGACCACAGUUGCAAGAGGUAAAAUCUGAGUUGAGCACAGAAAUGAAGCUUCCAGAUGAGCAAUUUCUGGAAUUCAAGCAUAAGCCUAAAUUACAAGCUGGGAAAUGCUCUGAACAGAAUCCAGGGCCACAGCUUCAGUGUAUAAAUUAUAUGCCAUUCAAUACUGGGUCACAGGUGCAAGGUAUAAAGUCCUCUGGGUCGAAUCCUAGUCCACAGCUUCAAGGUAGAAAAUCUAAGGUGCUCUGCAUUGGGCCUAAUUUGCAAGGUGUGAAUUCUUCUGCAUUCAUUUCAGAACCAAAACUUCAGUGUGUAAUUUCUACUGGAUGCAACCCUGGGCCACAUUUGCAAGGCACAAACACUUCUGAAUUAGCUUCCAUUUCAAAACUUCAAGGUAUGAAUUCUUCUAAGUUAAAUUCUGAGAUCCCAGGAGUGGAUGUCAUAUCUAACGAAAGGAUUAAGAGGAAACAGGUGGAGGAGUCAGGGAGCUCACUCCGGAGCCCUUCCCACCAUCCACCACAAAACUGGAGAUCACUAUCUAGGAUCUUCCAGGCAGGAUCAGGGGCUCGAAGAGGUCUUACCUGUCCUGUCCUGGGCAGGCGACGGAAUGUCUGGGAGAGUCACUCCUGGAGGCAGCGACUACCUCGAAAAUACCUCUCCAGUAUGCUAACGCUGGGCAAUGUCUUGGGGACCAGCAUGGAAAGGAAGCUUUAUUCUCAAACAUCUUUAACAGAAAGAGCCACUGCAGAUACCUGUCAAUCUAUUCAGAAUUUAUUUGGGGUUCCAGCUGAAUUGAUGGAAUUUUCCCAGAGUCUGCUUGGGAAGGGUCAAGGUACUAUUUCUCAGCCUUCAGUUGUCAAAAACUACAUUCAGAGACGUACUUCAUGCCAUGGUCAUGAGAAAAGAAUGGCCUUAAGGAUGUGGACACGUGGCUCCAUGUCCUCCAUAAUACAGCACUACUCUGGCACUAGAGUGAGAAUAAAGAAAACAAACUCAAAGCCCUGUGAUAUAUCCCAGGAAGUCAUUCAGCACAUACCUGUUUCAUGUACAGAGAGUCAGCUUUCUGCCCCAGCAAAGUCAGAGUCUUCCUUCAACGUAUUUUUUGCUAGGAGAGAUUCUGUUCCAGUGGAAGAGAGUAAGAACUCACAGAGUGAUUCACAGACAAGGAGUUUUGAGUCCCAACACUCCCUCAAGCCAAGUUAUCUUCCCCAGGCCAAGUCUGACUACUCAGAACAGUUCCAGCUUCUACAAGAUCUGCAGCUAAAAAUAGCAGCAAAACUGUUAAGGAGUCAAAUACCCCCCAAUGUACCUCCGCCUUUAGCUUCAGGUCUGGUUCUAAAAUACCCUAUCUGCCUACAGUGUGGCCGAUGUUCAGGAUUUAAUUGCUGUCAUAAAUUACAGGCCACUUUUGGAACUUACCUUCUUAUCUAUCCACAGCUUCACCUUGUAAGCACUCCUGAAGGCCGUGGAGAGAUCAGGUUGCGUCUUGGCUUUAGGUUGCAAACUGGGAAAAGACCCCAAGUCCCAAAGUAUCAUAGAAGAGGUAGACCCACCACACCAAGGAACCUUAGAUCAACAUCACUAAGGAAAGCUAAAGGCUAUACUCAAGCUUCCAAGAGUUCUACUUCUACAAUAUAUUUCCAGUCUGGGUCUUCCCAGUGUCCUGCUCCUAUACAAGUCCACAUCAGGCGAAGGCAAGGUGGCAGCCCUGGCCUAGUAGAAAAGACAGAAAUUAGAGAGCCUGGACACUAUGAAUUCACUGAAGUUCACUCUCUAUCAGAGAGUGACUCUGAAAGCAAUCAGGAUGAAAAGUGGGCUAAAGUGAGAACAAAAAAGACCCAUGAUUCAAAACAUCCAAUGAAAAGAAUCCCCAGGGAAGUCAGAACACAAAACACAAAGUUCUACACAAAUAGUACAGCCAUAAUACAGAGGUCCUCUAAGGAAUUACCAAGCCAGUUAAGAAGGAAGAGGAGUGGAGCAUCUCAGACAACUACUGCCUCUUUAAAAAGACAACCUAAGAAAUCUUCCCCACCAAAAUUCAUUCAACUCCUCUUUCGGGGCCUAAAGCAGGCAUUCCAAACAGCACGCAGAAUUAUGGCUUUGGUUGGGCAGAAGCCUGAGGACAGGACAAGGCCAGACCAUUUCUGGUCAAGCAAAAACUACCUUCCAAAACAAAAAGCCAGAGACUAUUGCUUAUCAAGAGAUACCAAAAGACACACGAUGCCAACUCUCAAGCUAAGGCCAACAGACCCAACCAUUAAGGAGGACAGCACAUUGUGGGGAGAAACAGACCAGUUCAGAUCAGCUCAACAACCAACCGGAAAUAGCUCUUUCCAACCCAGACCUAUACAACUGCCCAAGCCCAUAGUUUCCCAAAGAAGUACCACUCUCAAAAACACCUCAAGCAGCCAGCCUUUGGGUCCUGUUCAAAAUGAGAGUAAUAGCAGAGCUAAGAAACGCUUUAACAGAAAUGAAGUCUCUAGCCAGGAGUCCGAGAACUCCAAACCAGGAACCAGAGUUCAUGCUGGAGGGAGACUCUUACAUGGUUCCCCUAUGAACAGAACCUCACAUAGUCACCUUAAAGAAAAAUCCACACACAAGGAACGAAACCACCACAGCUUCUACCACUCGUCGCGCCCGUUGGAGCAUGGGGGCGUGGAGGGGCAGGAGAGGUAG